UCGGACAGCACAGAGGCGGCUGGCUCACACCAACAGGUGGGUGGGGAAACCAGAUUUGCCAUGGAGAAGAUCUCGGUGUCAGCAUUCCUGCUCCUUGUCGCCCUCUCUUCCACUCUGGCCAAAGAUAUCACAGCCAAAUCAGGAGCUAAGAAAGACACCAAGGACUCUGGACCCAAACUGCCCCAGACCCUCUCCAGAGGUUGGGGUGAUCAACUCAUCUGGACUCAGACUUAUGAAGAAGCUUUGUACAAAUCCAAGACAAGCAACAAACCCAUAAUGAUUAUUCAUCACUUGGAUGAAUGCCCACACAGUCAAGCUUUAAAGAAAGUGUUUGCUGAAAAUAAAGAAAUCCAGAAAUUGGCAGAGCAGUUUGUCCUCCUCAAUCUAGUUUAUGAAACAACUGACAAACACCUUUCUCCUGAUGGCCAAUAUGUCCCCAGGAUCAUGUUUAUUGACCCAUCCCUGACAGUUAGAGCUGACAUCACUGGAAGAUACUCAAAUCGUCUCUACGCUUAUGAACCUUCAGAUACAGCUCUAUUGCUCGACAACAUGAAGAAAGCUCUCAAGCUGCUGAAGACUGAAUUGUAGAGAAAAAACGUCGGCAAGCUUUUCCCUCUGUGUCUGGCCCUGAGACUUGGAUCAAGAGGAGAUCCUAGAAGACUCUGGAGAAUGCAGGCACACUGAUGGACAUGCUGAUUAGAUUAUGGUUAUUGUUACAACAGAUAUUUUUUUAAAAUCUGGUCUCAAGUACACCUGUAUGAAAAUAAUAUUGCAUACUACAUAGUAUGCCAUGCUUUUU